GUAACAGUUAUCUAGGCGGCAAAAGUUUCAUGUCUGCCCGUUAAGUUAAUGUGGGAUAUUUAUCAAUUAAAAUAAUGCAAUAUAGUUUAUUAAGUGCUCAAUUAAGGUGCUAUAGGUUGCUAUUGCGGCAGCAAGCACAUUUUAUCAACCGUUGCUACAGUGAUGAUAUCAGAAACAUUGGUAUUUUGGCACACAUUGACGCAGGCAAAACCACAACAACGGAACGCAUGCUUUUCUAUGCAGGGAAGACUCGAUCUUUGGGUGAGGUGCAUCGCGGCAAUACGGUUACAGAUUACCUUACACAAGAGCGCGAGCGAGGCAUCACUAUUUGCAGCUCAGCAGUUACAUUUGCCUGGAAUGGUAAGCGUAUUAAUCUGCUAGACACGCCCGGACAUAUUGAUUUCACGAUGGAGGUGGAGCAGUCUCUAUAUGCUGUGGACGGCGUAGUUGUUGUCUUAGACGGCUCGGCUGGCGUGGAAGCUCAAACAGUUACCGUGUGGACACAGGCAGACAAGCACAGGCUGCCGCGGCUUGUUUUCGUUAAUAAAAUGGAUCGUUCAGAUGCUAUUUUUGACAAAUGCAUUGACGAUUUAAAGGCGAAGCUAGAUGCUAAGCCCAUUUGCACGCAGCUCCCGGCGAAGAACGUUGACGGACAGUUAGGCAUAUAUGAUGUAAUUACAUUGGAGCAGUUGACUUGGCAACAGAACGAUUUUGGUCGAACUUAUAGUAUUGCUAAACUAGAAUCAUCUUUUGAAAUUCGUGAAUUGCAUGAAAAACGCAAUGAACUAAUCGAUCAGUUAUCCGGAGUCGACGACGAGCUAGCUGAGGUUGUCAUUAGCACUGAGAGUUUUGACAAAGUCAGCAAUGAGUUAAUUGUUCAAGCCCUGCGGCGCGCCACAUGCCAGCAGAAGGUUGUGCCCGUGCUGCUGGGCUCUGCUUAUAAAAAUAUUGGCAUACAACGUUUAAUGGAUGCCGUAAAUGCUUAUUUGCCAACACCAAAGGAACGCAAUCAGAUAUAUAACUGUUUUGGAGAUGAUCUUGCGGGUAAGGUUUUUAAAAUUGUCCACGACAAGCAGCGUGGACCUCUUACUCUGGUACGCAUGCUGCGCGGCGAGUUGAAGCGUGGAAUGCGUGUGCUCUCUUCCCGUGGACAAGCGGAGGUUAUAGCGAAAAUCUAUGAGCCACUGGCUGAUGAAUACCGAGAGGUGAGCUCCGUCCGAGCAGGUGAUGUGGCCAUAUGUGCGGGCCUUAAGUCAACAGUUACUGGUGAUCUGCUUACAUCCAGUCAUACGUCCCUGAAGAAUGCACAGAAACGUCUGGUUCAGAGUCGUGAGGCGGCAGCUCCACAGUAUGAUGAGGACGAGUUGGAUGUUAACCAUGAGCUGUUUUCAAUUGAGCCCAAAAUUCCUGAUGCUGUCUACUUUUGCUCCAUCGAGCCGCCCAGCUUAUCAACGCAAACAGCCAUGGAACAAGCGCUCAAACAACUACAGCGUGAAGAUCCCAGUCUGCGGGUAAGCUACGAUACAGUUACUGGGCAAACUGUGCUUGGCGGCAUGGGUGAAUUACACAUGGACAUCAUCAAAUCGCGUCUGCUAAGUGAGUACAAAAUUGAUGUUGAUCUGGGUCAGCUACAAAUUGCCUACAAGGAGACUAUCGAAACGCCGGCCAUAACAACUUUAAGUGUGGAAAAAGAUAUUGCGGGCAGUAAGCAAAAUGUAAAUAUAACGCUACAACUUGCCAAUAAUCAGAACGAGCUGUUCAGCUUAGAUAAAUCGCCAGAGAACGUUCAAAAUCUCAAUGCACUGCGUCCUCGCGUCCUUCAAGUGCUGCGAAAAGGAGCAAUCGGUGCUUUGGAGCGGGGACCACGUGUUGGCGGUCAAGUUGUAGAUACUCAAAUACGUCUGCACAAUGUCACUGUGGGACGGGGCACUGCCGAUUCAUUUGUCAUGGCGGCGGCGGCACAGUGCGUGCAAAAGCUGCUGUGUAUAAGCGGCACACGGCUUCUGGAGCCUAUCAUGGCCAUGCAAAUUGUGGCGCCCAAUGAACGUAUAUCUGGGAUUAUAGCGGAUCUCUCUAGGCGGCGAGCGCUCAUAAAAGACGUAAUGCCUAAGGGAGAUAGGAAUAAGCUUAUUUUGGUGAAUGCUCCCUUGGCCGAGCUUUCCGGAUAUUCCAGUGCACUACGAACCAUUAGCUCUGGCACGGCCAGCAUGACAAUGCAACCCUGUGGUUUUUCGGAAAUGAACGCCGCGGAUGAGUCGUUAGCUGUACGCCGGGCCCAGGGAUUAGAUUAACAUAAUUCUGCACCAUUUAUUGUCUAGUUUUAUUUAAUGUAGAUCACAGUAAGCUGGGUUGGGAGGCUUACAAGUUCUUAGUACAUUACUAAAUAGUAUAGUACAAAAGAAAAUGUGAAAAUUAUCGCACGUGGAAUAUUAUAAAAUUUGGUGAUAAAAUUUAUGUCGUUCGUAUUUUCGGUUAAACUCUUUAAACGGUCCAUACAUAGACAUUACAAAAUCAACUGAAAGUUUUCUUCUAUUUAAGCUGUAAACUACCGGUGCAAGCUCUUGGACGCUGCGGCAUGGCAUACUCUACGCAGAAAGUGUUCUUUCAUGUGCCGUUUAUGAACGAGACGCUUGAAUUUUAUUGCCAAGACCCAUGUGUCAAGCUAAAAAGUUAUCCGUCUACAAUCGAUGAUCGCUCGUGGGCAGCCAGUGACGAUAAAAAGUCUCGUUUUGUGUCCGAUCUUGUAGGUUGCAAUACACCGUCGAUCCGGCGCAAGGAUGAAAGUGGCGGAAAUCAAAAGCCCGGUCCGGCAGGCCAAGACUAUCCACAGCAGCAGAACGGUUAUGGAGGUCCAGAACAGGGACAGAACCAGCGAGGUUAUGACGGCCAAGGACAGGACCAGGGCGGUGAUGGAGGUCAAGGACAGGACCAGGGCGGUUAUGGCGGUCAAGAACAGGACCAAGGGGGCUAUGGCGGUCCAGAACAAGACGGCCGGGGACAGGGCGGAUGGAGUGGUUGAGACUUAAGUCAAGGGGCGGACGGUGUGGGGCGGUCGGCGAGACUCAAAAAUAGGCUUGAUGGUGAUCAGGGUUCGGUCUGGGUUAAGGUCAGGGAAAUAUGAUUACUGAUAUCCAUACCUUAAAGUCCGGGUGGUUGGUGUGGAGGGGGUCCAUUCCAGGGACUGAAAGGCCGUGACGGCGCAGAAUCAGGAGUGUCAAGGCCCCAGCGACUGGAGGAAGACCGAGUAAUAGUCAAUGCGCCUCAGAAGAGCCAGGGCAAAAACACCAGGAUCUAGGCGUACUAAGCUAAGAGGUCCGCGUCGGAGUCGAAGCCCAGGACGACGAAGUUGAGAUGAAGUAUACGACUUAAAGGCAUGUAUAGAUUGACAGCAUCGCGAUUGGUCCAGAAAAAAGGACCAAGUCGAGUCUUAACGAACAGGCCUGUUAUAUUUGUGACAUGGAGAAUGGCAUUCAGGAAAUGCAGGAUUUGCAAACACAUUGGGGAAGUCCUAAAGUGUCGCUGCAACAAGUGCUCACCCAAUCGGGACUGCAGUGCACAGACCUUAUGCAAAUGAAAAUCGAUGUUUUAUGCAACGAGUUGCGAAAACUUUACUACGCUUUUAAUGCCUAAGGUUCCCAGUGCCAGCAGCUAAUGAUUUGAUUUUUAUGUGUCGAUGCAUGCCAAAGCAUAAAACUGAGCGUUUAAGAAAUCUGAUAGUUGCAGUGAUAGUUGUUUCAAGGACACUGAGAUGGAGGAUGAUGGAGAUAUAACAUGUUAAUGCCGUGCCAAAAAUGAUUUUAUGUCCAGCCCAAAAGACGUUUAAUACUUUUAAAUCUCUAGUUGAAUAUAAAAAAAUUAUAAGUGCACAAAUAUGAA